AUGGCGGACGAGAUGGAUAUAGACGGUGAGUAUUGGAGAUUAAAGCAGUCUGGUGGGCCACAAAGACAUAUGACUAACAAACUUGCAGCGCCUGUUGAGACAGACACAACGUCCACGACAGGCAAGCCAGAGCGCAAGCGGUUCGAGGUGAAGAAAUGGAACGCGGUGGCGUUUUGGUCGUGGGAUAUGGAGGUUGAACAGUGUGCGAUUUGUCGUAACCAUCUGAUGGAGCCAUGCAUUGAUUGUGCACCCAAUUCCAUUAACCAGCCGAACCAAGAGUGUGUGACCGCGUGGGGCACGUGUAAUCACGGGUUCCACUUGCACUGUAUUCAGAGGUGGACAAGCACCAGAAACGUGUGUCCAUUGGAUAGUAAUCCGUGGGUUUUGGCACGGUACGGGAGGUGA